AUGGGUAGUCAAGACCACGAAGCUUGUAAUGGUUUUGAAUUUUAUAAAACCUAUAAAGGCCUGCAUGUACUACAAGCUCAUGAUCAAAUCAAAGAACUUCAGACAAUUUUAAGGGAUAGAAAUACCACUAGAAGUGACUUCAAGUUUUAUGCUGAUCGCUUAAUUAGACUUGUGAUAGAAGAUAGUUUAAAUCAAUUACCAUUUACAGACUGUGAUGUCAUUACUCCUACAGGGGCCAAGUAUGAUGGAUUGAAGUAUAAAUCUGGCAAUUGUGGUGUUUCAAUUGUUCGAUCUGGUGAAGCAAUGGAACAGGGUUUAAGAGAUUGUUGUAGAAGUAUUAGAAUAGGAAAGAUUUUAGUAGAAUCAGAUUUAGAUACUCAUGAAGCUAAAGUUGUUUAUGCUAGAUUCCCAGAAGAUAUUUGCCAAAGGCAUGUACUACUUAUGUAUCCCAUAAUGUCUACAGGAAAUACUGUUAGUAAGGCAGUAAAUGUAUUAACAGAGCAUGGAGUUAAAGAAGAAUGUAUAGUACUUAGUAAUUUAUUUUGUACCCCCCAGGCUGUACAAACUGUCUUAGAUAUGUAUCCAAAGAUGAAAAUAUCUACGUCAGAAGUUCAUCCAGUGGCACCUAAUCACUUUGGCCAGAAAUAUUUUGGGACAGAUUAA